GACCACGCUCUCCGUUGAGCUCGUCCAACUCGCUUCCCAGCACCCACCACUGUUGAGCAACUAAGCAUGAUCUGACUUUGACCAUGUAUAAAGUGUUCCCAAUAUCAACUCAGGUCGAGAUUCCUUCGCCAUGUGGCACGUGGCACUGUACCGAAUAGCCAUAGUCUGCACGGGUGUAUUCCUCGCGAUGAUCUUCGCGAUGUUGCCCCCACCUUUCCGGCUCCUUCCUGCUCUCGAUGGUCCUCAUAAGCACCUAGUGCAGACAGCCGUUGACGUCGCCGUCCGGUCAGUGGUUAGGGCCAGUCGUUGCCAUGCUAGCAACGGAGUGAAGGCAGAGGGACAAAGUGCCUUAGCGUACUCCCGUAGCAUGAGCCGUGCUCUUUCUGUGGCCACCGAAGAGGAGGAGGAGAAGCCACAGAUAACAAAUCACCCGACUCUCGUACUCCACCGCGAUGGGGCCCUAGAGGGAGUAGAUCCUAACUCACUUGACUUACUGGUGCGUUUCCCGCCUGCAACUAAGCCUUUGCUACGUCAAAGCAAACUGCAAGAUAAUAUUAUGCGACGAGGCGGCCACUCGGCUAAUGUCAAUGAUGUCUUGGUGGAUCUGUCAUAUGCUGCGUUGGCAGUGGCAGGACCGGCCAAGGACUGUCGGCUCGGCAGGGAGGGGGCCGCUGUGGCUGGUGACCUCAUCGUGAGGAUGGAAGAGCUACUGGGGGCGAUUAAGAUAUCUGAGUCUAGCAUUGAUGUUACUACAGCGCAGCAGCUACACAGUCCCAGUUGGGUGAAGCAGGCUGUCAUGAGGCUCAAUGUAGAGCUUACUAAGACACGCACUAUGUUGUGGGCUGAGACUGGGUGGAAAACCGACAAGGCGACGCACACCAUUGAUCCGGCCGAGAAGUUCCUGCUUACAGGUCUCCUGCAGAUUGUCUCUCUGGCAACUCAUCUCGUCCAUUUCGGUGAUUGUUGGAUGCGUUUUGAGGAGGUUGUUGGGCUCGAGUCGGAAGGCGUUGUUGGCAACACCGUCACUAAUCCCUUCAUCAAUCGUGGCCAAUCAUCGACUGAACUCGUUGGAGUACCAUCAUCUCGCGAGCAUCAUCAUCAUCACCUCCCGCCCCUCGUCACCAGGUCGAAGUCGGCACACCAAUUCGUGAAGAAUAGUCAUGAAAGCCUCUCCAGAGGGGCUCGUUGAUUUUGUUGGCAAUGGACCUAUCUGUUGUUAGUCGCUACAUUUACCAUCCAAAAGAAGGGCACUGUAGCGAUAUUUUUUUACACUUUAUCAGUCCAAGCCUGAUAA